AUGGUGCAAAUAGCACAAGUUGUUGCCACUGAUACCGUUUUUGUGUUCUUGUUGUUGGCUUUUCCUUCAGUUAUUUUUGUAUCUGGUGGUUCUUCAUUUAGUUCAACACAACUAGCCGAACAAGUUAAGGCUUUGCUGAAUUGGAGAUCAACACUUAUUAGCCAGACUUCAUCUAUUCUCCCAUCUUGGAAGAGAGAUUUUGGUGCAGUAAGUCCGUGCAAAUGGUCUGGAAUCACUUGCAAUAACAAGGGAAGCGUCAUCGUGGGAUUCAAUCUAACAGGUUUGGGUUUGCAAGGUACGCUCCUUGGUUUCAACUUCUCAUGUUUCACCAAUUUAGUUAGUCUUGUCUUGAGCAACAACAUACUCUCCGGGUUGAUUCCGUCGCAAAUUAGUAAUCUUACUAGUCUUAUUCACCUUGAUCUUUCUCAAAAUGAAUUUGGUGGAUUCAUUCCUGAAGAAAUUGGAAGAUUAAGCUCUCUUACUUCCUUAGCUUUGUAUACUAACAAGCUUAAUGGUUCAAUUCCUAGUUCUGUGUGGAAUUUGAGAAAUUUAAUUAAGUUGGUUCUUUUUGGCAACCGGUUAACCGGGGAAUUGCCCACAGAAUUGAGCAAUUUAACACGGAUGCUAGUAUUGACUCUGGCUAAUAACUCUCUUUCUGGGACAAUACCUGCUAGUAUAGGGCAAUGUAGCAGUCUUACAUUUCUCCACCUUGGCAGAAAUAAUUUCACAGGAAAUGUUCCGAAGGAGAUUGUAACAGCAGGAAAAUUGAGAUUUCUUCAAUUGAAUAACAACAAUUUCAAUGGUACUCUUUCUAAUUUCGUAAGUAAACUUCAAUAUUUGGAAGUUGUUAACUUAGCGAAUAACAAGUUUGGAGGCAGUAUACCCUCUGAGCUGGGUUUGCUUCGUGGCCUUCGAAUCCUUUCUUUGAGGUUAAACAACUUCUAUGGGUCUAUCCCUGAAGAGAUCAUGCAGUUGCCUCAACUCCGUAUAUUGGAUUUGUCGCGUAACAAUUUAACCGGUUUAAUUCCCAGCAACAUUGGGAACUUGGAGAAGCUAACAAGUAGACUUAAUGACACAGUUGUGACUGAUGACUAUUAUAAUUUUAGAUCUGUGCAGUUGAAGAUGGAUAUCAAAGGGAUCACGGUCCAACUUGCAAUGCUAUACAGCUAUACCUCUGCAAUCGACCUAUCAUGCAAUAAUCUAGAGGGAAGCAUUCCAAAAGAGAUAGUUUCAUUAAAAGGACUUUUCAUGCUUAAUUUGUCCUAUAAUCAUUUCUCGGGUAAUAUCCCUGCAAAUAUCGGAGAUAUGUCAGGAUUAGAGUCACUGGAUUUAUGCUACAAUAGAUUGUCAGGGAAUAUCCCACAGUCUUUGACAUCAAUGGAUUCUCUUGGUUUUCUGAAUUUAUCUUACAAUAAGUUGAGUGGCAGGAUUCCAGAAGGAACUCAUUUUGAGACUUUGAGUUGGGAUGGUUCAAUUUUCACCGGGAAUGAGUUGUUGUGCGGAGUACCAACAGAAAAAAUCUGCGAGGGUGAUCAGAAUAUUAGCUCUACAAAUGAAAUUGAAGAAUAUGAGGAGGAAGAGGAUGAGUUCUACGUUGCUAUUGCUACAGGCAUUGGAGUUGGAACUUGGGGUUUAUUCUUUGUUUUGCUUCUUAAAAAAGAGAAGUGGUGGAGUGGAUAUUUGGAAUUUGUUGAUUCUAUUGCAGUUAGAACAAUACGUUGUUUUCAUAAAAUUUGA